UGGCCAAGAGAGGAAAGUUGAAGCCUUGUUGAAGCCGUGCUGGUCUCCUUGCAGAAUCACUCGGAAGAGUCGCAAGGGUUCGGGUUGUUGCUUAUCAAGCUGAACAGAACGAGACCCGGGAUUAAAAAUCAUUGACCCCGCCAACCGUCCCACCUUAUAUACGGAUCCGUACGGGAUACUGCUGUUGAAUGUUGCAACACAGUAGAGGCGAGCUUCGGACGAUACGCAGUCUUCAUCUUCCCAUCCUCGAGCUCGAUAUUAAUUUCAAACUCACACAGAACUACACGAUGUCGUCGUCAGAUCCCCACCGCGACCACCCCGAGGACGACGAGCCCGAGAUGCUCGCCGAGGAAGACGUGCAGGAGAUGCUCGAGGGCGAGGAUGCCGACGGCGAUGUUGCCAUGGGCUCCGAUGACGAGGGCGAGGAAAUUCUCCUGCAGAACGAUAGUAUCGCCUACUUUGACGGCCACAAAGAUUCUGUCUUUGCUAUCGCCCAGCACCCGCUCUACCCCAACAUCAUCGCCACGGGCGGCUCCGAGGGCGACGCCGACGAUGCCCCGGGCAUGGGCUACGUGAUCGACACCUCGGCCGCGGUCUCGCGCCCCGUCCUCCCGCCGAGCUACAACUCGGACCCGUCCACCGCGAGCAAACCGCAAACCACCGAGCUGCAGCCGCUGUUCGCCAUCGAAGGCCACACCGACAGCAUCAACGCACUCGCCUUCACCCUCCCGCGCGGCGACUUUCUCGUGUCGGGCGGCAUGGACGGUCGCCUGCGCGUCCACGCCGUAUCCGCAACCCCUACCUCCGCCCAGUUUCAGUUCCUCGCCGAGUCACAAGAGACAGAAGAAGUCAACUGGCUCGCGCCCUGCCCCUCGCCCGAUUACCCCAACACCAUCGCCCUCGGCGCCUCAGACGGCUCCGUCUGGGUCUUCACCCUAGACGCCUCCGACCCAUCCAACCCAAUUCAGAUCGUCCAAUCCUACUUCCUCCACACAGAGCCCUGCACCGCCGGCGCCUGGACCCCCGACGGCCUGUUGCUCGCGACCGUAAGCGAAGACGCCUCGCUACACGUCUACGACGUCUGGGGCGUGGCCGCCGCAAGAUCCCUAGUCACCGACAACGGCCAAACCGUUAUCUCCCUCACCAACGCCGACCAGCGCUUCGCCGUCGAAGGCGGCCUCUACUCGCUCGCCAUCUCCCCGGGGGGAGGCAUCCUCGCCGCAGGCGGCGCCCACGGCGCCAUCCGAAUCGUAGGCCUCCCGCGCAACCUCUCCAAACCACAACAACCACAACAACAAUCCGCCGCAGCAUCCGCGCAAGUAGGCGCCAUCCUUGCCUCCAUCGCGAUCCAAUCCGACAGCAUCGAGUCCCUCGCUUUCAGUCCCAACCCCUCGACCCCUUUGCUCGCGGCGGGGAGCGUAGACGGCUCCAUUGCCGUGUUCGACGCGGCAAGGUCCUUUGCCGUGCGCAAGCACCUCCGGGGCGCACACGACGGCGAGUCGGUUGUGAAGGUGGACUUUGUCAGGAAGACGGCCGGCGCGGCUGCCGGUUGGCUGCUUACCUCGUGCGGGCUGGACGGAGUUGUCAGGAGGUGGGACCUGAGGGGUGCUACGGCCGGUGUCCAGCCGCAGCAGCAGCAGGAGUCUGGUAGUGCGGGGGUUGGUGCUGCUGUUAGCGGGUUGGUCAAGGAGUGGAGGGGCCAUCGCGGUGGCGGGGAGGGUGGUGGAGUGUUGGGUUUUGUGCAGGGCGAGACAGGGGAGAGAGUAAUUACGGCGGGGGAUGAUGGGUUGGUGUUGGUUUUCGAGGCGUGAUGUGUCUGGAAGUUUGAAUGAUAAUCUGAUGGAUUCCAGAGCAGUGAAUGGGGAGGGAUUGGUAUAGACUUGUAUGUGCCGGCGUUUGAGUAUCGAAAUGUAUCAUUCACUGCUAAGUACCGGUCGAAGAGUAUGGCCAUUAGAUCUGCAA